AUGGCUUCUCACCCACGCACGGUACACCGUCGCCGACGUCUUCCUCGAAGCACUCGCCGAGGUCGGUACCUGCUCUCAUACAAACCGAUACAUUUGAAAACUGACACCUCCCCAGAACAACGUAGCCUACAUCUUCGCCGUCCUCGGCUCCGACCACCCCAGCCUGAUCGAAGCGUACCUCCAGCGCCAGCAAGCCUCCCAACCCUCACCCCAACUGCUGAAUUUCCAGCACGAAUUCCCCGCCCUCUCCGCCGCAGACGGCUACGCCCGCGUCACCGGCCAGCCGCAAUGCGUCCUCGUGCACGUCGACGUCGGCACGGCGGCGCUGGGCCAGGCGCUGCACAAUGCCUCGACGGGGCGCGUGCCCGUGCUGAUCUUCGCGGGUCUGGCUCCAAGCACAUUGAAUGGGGAAAUUGCCCGGCUCGCGGUCGGAGCAUGUGCACUGGUAUCAGGACGUGCCGGAUCAGAGAGCGCUCGUGGCGCCUUAUGCAAGGUAUGCGGUUUGAGAUUAAGAAUUGCGGAACAUGCGAAAGGGCUGGUUGAAUCGGGCGGUCAUGAUGGCCACGAGCGGGUCGCCGGGGCCGGUGGAUCUGACCGCUACGAGGGAGGUGCUCGCUUCGUCUGCGUCGGAGGCAGUGUACCGUCAGAAAUUCCCGCUCGGAUCCUGUCGCCUGCCUGGGUGGGCUUCCGCAAGACGCCGUCGCAGAGAUCAGCGAUGCGCUCCUCUUUGCAUCGAACCCGCUCGUCAUCACACGGGCUAUCUGGGCCGCAAUCACGCCGCCGUGCACACCCUCAUCGAACUCGCCGACCUCCUCCAGGGCAUCCGAGUCCUCGACAGCGAAAUGCGCUACAUGUCCUUCCCCCCGCCGACCACCACGCCUCCAUCUCUCUCCUUCUCCCACAACAGGCGCAGUAACGGCAGCGCGUGCAAUCCGAGAAGCAGACGUGAUCCUCGUCCUCGACUGCGACGUCCCCUGGAUCCCAACUCAAGUCCGACCCAUCCCCUGAGGCGAAAAUCUUCCACAUCGACCUCGACGCCCGUAAAGAGCGGAUCCAAACUGUUUGACCUGCAAGCCACGGCGACUUUCUGGGCGGACGCGGCGCAGGCCUUGCGGCAGCUUGUUGGAUUUCUCACGGCGGACCGACCCUAG